UUCAGGUGAGCAGAGGUUCAGGUGAGCGGAAGUUCAGGUGAACAGAUUUUCAGGUGAGCAGAGAUUCAGAUGGCGCUGCUCACUCGGUUGCUUCUCUCGUGCGUCCUCCUUGCAGCCACGCUCCCCCAAGGCUGCGACUUCCAGACCACUCCCAAGAGCCCGGUCACUCUCAAAUGGUUGCAAGCACUAUCGGACAACGUGACCGCCAUUGCCACGCGGUUCCAUCAAAGGCAAGGAAACAAAGAGGAUAAUCUGAAUGCAGCGAAGGAUGUUGCCAACGACCCGAUUAUCCAGCAAGCAUUCAUACAACUCAAUUAUGAGAAUCACCAGACUGAUAAAGGAUUUUCGGCGUUGACGUUCGCUGUGACGGUGGGAAAUGUGGCCUUCGUUAAGGUUUUGCUGGGCGUCGGAGCUCUCGUCGAUAUCCGAGAUGAAAACGGGUCGACGCCGCUCAUCACUGCCAUUCGCAGGAACCACUCAGAAAUGGUCAAGGUCCUACUCGAAGCGGGAGCGGAUCCGAACGUCAAAAUCUGGCGCAGUGGAAGCUACGCCAUCCACCAUGCUGUACUGACUGGGAACCUCGUUAUAGUUGAAGACCUUAUUAAUGCUGGAGCGAACAUAGAUCAAGUGGACAGCCUUGGUGACACGCCGCUGAUGCUCACCACGAUAACGCAGCAGCUGGAAACCUCGAGGUUCCUCCUCAAUCGAGGGGCAAGUGUGAAUAUUCAAAACAGUGCAGGAAAGACUGCCCUCAUAAUGGCAGCUCAGAAGGACAAUCUAGACCUCCUGAGGGCGGUGAUCCAAGCCGGUGCUCACCUCAAUGCAAAGAAUAAGAAAGGAGAAACUGCCCUUAUGUAUGCCACUGCACUCGGGAAACUGGAAUUAAUGAGGGAACUGCUGUCAGUUGGCGCAGAGAUCGAGAUAACAACAGAAAAUGGGCACACACCGCUACAUUUGUGCAUUAUCUACGAGCGACCAGAAGCUGCAAAGAUUCUCCUGGCGUAUGGUGCUGACAUAAAUCGCAGAGCUAUCGAUGGUGGCACGGUGCUCAUGAACGCUGUCAACCGGGGUCAGGAGGUCAUGGUAGAGGUCCUGUUGCAACACUGCCCGGACAUGAGUAUCGAGAACAUCAACAGAAAGACUGUCUUCACUAUUGCCCGAGAAAGGGGAGACAAGAAAAUAAAGUCAAUGAUUGAAGCCCAUGCGUCCACGACCUGCAACACCAAUGGACUGGCUUAUAUCCUUGGGAGUAUAAAGUACGACAGCUGCCGCCAACAACAAUGCUGUCACGGCAACUGGAGGAACACUGGCUUAGCCUCGGCCUCCUGCGGUACUCAGUGCAACACACCAGGUACUCGCUUAGGCACCUGCGUGUUGGUGAACGAGUGCGUGAGGCUGGAACAGGUGUUUCGCGUGACUAAUGCCGCUGGGGAUGUGACCCGGAUCACCAAGUUCCUCGUCGACCAUCGGUGUGAUACCAGGGAGGGCAAUAUUUACGUCUGUUGCCCAAAAGCAUAAUCCGGAAAUGCAUUACUGAAGUUGCAUCCUCGCCAGUGUUGCGAAAGGCUGGAGAUAUCGGUGGUAAUGCUGCCUCUCCUCUUCAGACGAAUUCGUAAAAUUUCAGGUCAAACCGAAUGUGUGUAAGUCACUGAAGUGGCUGAACUGUGUGCGUGGGGAGGGGGGAGGGGGUUUUUAUGUGUGUGUACUGUGUGUAUUGUGUGAGUAUUGUGUGUAUUUUGUGUGUGUGUUUUCCUGUGUAUGUUUGUUUGUGCUUGUGUGUGUGUGUGUGGUCAUAUGUGUGUGUGUAUUUGUUCCUGUGUAUGUUUGUUUGUGCUCGUAUGUGUAUGUUUUUUGUGCCUAUGUUUGUUUGUUCGCUUCUGUAUAUAGGACCCCGAAAGAUGGACCCAGCAAGAGUAUGGUUGGUGGCGAGCUUAAGGUAUAAAGUAGACAACCAAGUUGUCUUGACUCCUUUAUUGUAGAGUGAUAAUGGAGUGUUGCGCCUUGGCUCGCCGCAGGGAAUCUGCCUAUCAUCUCCUACAGUGGUCUAAAGACGGGUAUAAAUCACGCAUUUAGCAUAUGGCAGUCGGUGGCGAAGAAAGGUAGUGUUACAGCACAAAGCUCUUGCGGAAGGGGAUAGACAACACAACAUCGGAAUGUCUAUUGGGACAAGAAGAGACGAAUAAACAGGUAUAGCAAUGGACAUGCCUACAUGCAUGUAUAUGUGUGUGUGUGGGAAUAUAUGCAUGUGACAUUAUAUAAGAUUAUAUGUAGGAUCCCAAGAUAGGUAAAUAUAACAAUAGGUAAAUGGAAUAACAUUAGCACAAAUAUUUCAGGAACAUAUAUAUAUAAAGCUGGGUUACAGUGUAUGUGCGUGCAGAAUCAGGUAAAACCCAUCAGCGAGUUACUAUACCUUCCUAUUAACCUAUGUUAAUUAAAUGUUAGAGAAAUAUCAUAAGAAAGCAGUAUCCCCUUUAAAAUUUAGUUUUUUUCUUAAUACAAAGACUCGGGUUUUCUUUUCUCUGAAUAAUGUAGUUCACGGGUAAUCUAUUUUAUAUAUUUAUAAUUUUGGAUAAUCAAUUUAUGAACAUUUAAUAAAUAGCUGGGUGUUGAA